AUGGUAUUAAUAAUAACCGUUGGAAAGAAUCUAUAAUAAAUAGGAACUAAGUUUUAACCAAUGGCCGGUUUUCCUCAUUUGAUAAGUUAUUUAGCCUUGUGAGCAAUUUGUUUACAAAUUAGUGCUUAAUAAUGCGUGGUAAUUCGAUGUUGGAUAUGGCUUCCAAAGCGUGGAUCAUCCUACUAACAACGAUGGCGGUCAAAGCAGACCUCACAUGCACUCACCCUGGCACCGACGUGGUCUGCUCCACUGACAACUCGGAUUAUAUCCUCAAACGGGGCCUGGUCUCAGAAAACAGCAAAACUACUGGCAUUACCCUUCGGAACUGUAGGAUCACAGAUAUCGAAAUGGAGUCCUUCCACCAAUUACCCGCUUUGGAGUACCUCGAUCUCAGCGUGAACAAGAUAUCCCGAUUAGAACUUGGCGUUCUAGAUGGAUUCAAGAAGACAGUUUUCUUAAAUCUCUCGCAAAAGCCCAAUUUGGAAAUACUUGAUUUGAAAGGGAAUAGACUGGAAAACCUUGAGCUUGGCAUUUUUGAUCCUUUACAUAAGCUGAGACAUCUAGAUUUAUCAAGCAACAAAAUUAAAGGAAGGAGCUUAAAUCCAUACAUUUUCGACCAAUCACCGCAGAUCAAAUUCAUGGAUUUUUCAAGGAAUGACAUGAGUGGUACUCCAGGGAACAUGCUAGCGGCUUUUGAAGCUAUCGAUUUUCUCAAUUUAGAUCGGUGCUCAUUAACAGAAGUCCCUAAUUUCGCUACCAGAUCAAAUUUACGAACGAUGAAACAUCUCAUCCUGUCAACGAACGAGAUAACCAAAAUUGAAAAUCCUAGAAUCUUCACGCAUUUAGAAAACUUGGAAAAGUUAAAUCUAAUUGCAAAUUAUAUAACGGAAGUGCACGAAGACGUUUUCAAACCAUUGAAGAAAGCACAACUGAUAUUUUUAGGGCAUAACAAGAUGAAAAACAUUCCAGAGACCCUGUUCCAAAAUAUGCGUCAUUUGAACAACAUUGAUUUAGCAAAUAAUGUUAUAGAAUAUAUUCCAGUUACCGCAUUCCGUGGCACAAAAUUGAAACGAUUGAACUUAUCUAAUAAUCGCUUCACAUACUUACAAGACAAUUUUAACUUAGAAUUAAGAAACUCCGGAGUGAAAUUAUCACAUUUAUUCUUUCAGGACAACCCGUGGCAAUGUGCGUGUCUGAACGAUAUUUUGGUGGAAGUUAAGAAGUACGGAAUAUCCUACAAUAGUGAUAAAUAUGAUGGCCGACGCCCUGUUUGUGUCACGGACGAAUUUACUUGUAAAAGGCAACCGAACUUUAAUGAAUUUUAUAGUGAACUAUAUGAUAACGUUAUUUAAGAGCCAACAGGAGUGGUCAUUUCUCCAUACAAACGUACUUGACUGUUUCUUCCGUGGGUUUUGAUGCUAGAGCAAUGAUUUUUUCAACACAGAUUAAUAUUGACAAUAUCUGUGUCUGAACGUUUUGCUUUUUUUGAUAUUUUUGUUUUUUAAGGCGCUAGAGCCCUUUAAAAAUGGCCAAAAUGGCCUAAUUGACUAUGCCGCAAUGAGAGGCGUAGUAUUCAAAACUGAUAUCAAUUAGCCAAAAAAGCAAAACGGCCCGACACAGAUAAUUUCAUAAUCAUUUAGAUUUCUAAAUUUGCUUACGAUUGGUUAAGUUUUGGAGGAGGAAACAGUCGAGUACGAAACCUCGAUUUUUGAGAUUUUUACGCGGGAUUUUUCGCCUUGUCCUUAUCGCACAAGUUUUAGGAGCCACUUCCAUUAGCGAGACGGGUAUAUUUACCUAAAAUAUUUAAAACUCAGCUCCUGUUUCGUCUUAAUAAAUGGGCGUGUAUAUUA